AUGGCCCACCCAAAGGCGAGUGCCAGUGGAGGUGUGUGGCCCGCAGGGGUGGUGGUGGUGGUGGUCACGGGGCUGGAUGCGGGUCCAGAUGGCUCCAGAGGAGCUGGCGCGGGGCUCCUUUGUCAGCGCCCCAGCUUCCUGGCGCUCAGACUGCCCAGAGCGCUGCUAGGUCAGGUCAUCGAGGCGCGGGGGCCCUCCCGCGGGAGCCGAGCCAAGGCGGCUGUUUACGGCGGCUGGAGAGGUGUGGGGAGGUUCUCCCCUGAGGCGAGGAGCGAGAGGCCGGCGAGAGGGAGAAGGCAGAGCAGGGGAAAGGGGAGAGCCCGCAGCAGCGCCUGUCCGCGGCGCCUCGGAGGAGGAGGAGGGGAGCGGCCCUUUAGCCUAGCCUCGCCCCCGCACCGGAGGCGACCACCCGGGUUGGGGCGGCGUGGGGCGCGCGUCGCGCCAGACGCAGCGCGUGAGAGCGCGCGCCUGCGCUUGGGCGACAGAGAAAAGGCGGGGGAGGGGGAGCACGCCCCCGCCCCCGGCUGCGGUCGCCCAGGUUGUGGCGGUCUCUUUCCAACGUCCGGGCGGGGACUGACGAACGCCCUCUCUCUGGCCGGGCGGGAGCCGAGCGGGGCAGGGGAGCGGCUGAGGAGCGCGAGCGUGGAGGCUAGAGUUUCCCGUGUCCGCCCCCGCCGCCGUCUUUCCCUGCCUCGCUGGGCGAAGCUGGCAGCGGAGCGGGGUCCCGUGGCCCUGAGCGCCUCUGGCUUCUGGCUGAGCUGCCCUUGCGGCUGCCGCUGCAAGUUGCCUCUCGGACACCCCGGCCGCCGAAGUCCGCAGAAAGAAGCAGAAAGGCCAAAAAUUAUAAGGCUGGAAAAUGGUAAGUUUGUUCUUGUAAAAACACAAGAAGAGCAAACAGCCAAAAAUGUGACUAAUGUGGAUGAAGAGAAGAAAACUUCUCAAACUGAUACUGUGUUGCCACUGGAAGCACAGACAGAUGAUGAAUCUCCUUGGGAUUCUGAGAGUAUCUCUGAGAAUCUUCCACAGCAGCCUGUCGAUCCUUUUUCUGGGGAUGCAGAUGAUAGAGGAAAACAUGCAAGAAAUACACAAACAAAAGAUUUACCUGACACACAUCUUCACUUGAAGCCUGCCAUGGAAGCAAAAGAUUGUGUUGCGAAGAAAGCAGUAGGAAUAAAGGAUGUAAAGACAUUUCAACCAGAUUGGAGUUUCACCGAGUCUAAUGAGACUCUGAAGAGAUCUGAGAAAUUGAUGCUUGGCCAUCAACAUCCACUUCUGGCAGAAUCCGUGAUGAGUCCAUCAGCAUUCCCAGAAUCUGAAUCAGGUGACACACAUCUUCACGGGAAGGCUGCCAUGGAAGAAAAAGAUUCUGUUGUGAAGAAAGCAGUAAGAAUGAAAGUUAUACCGACAUUCCAACAAGAAGUGGUCCCACAUUGCCCUAGGCACCCUGGAGUCCAACAACUCACAGUCCUGCUGAAGUUGGGGGUUUCUGAGCCUGAGGACCUUAGCAGGAGGGUGUGUCACAACAGAGAAUGGAGCUGGCAUGGAGAUCUACACUAGCCUGUG